AUGACAAGUAAAUUAAUUGAAUGUGUACCAAACUUUUCAGAAGGUAGAGAUCAAACAGUAAUCGAUGCAAUUAGCAAAGCCAUAUCAUCAGUUCAAGGAUGUACACUAUUGAAUGUUGAUCCUGGUAAAUCAACAAAUAGAACAGUGUAUACAUUUGUUGGUACACCAGAAGCAGUAGUUGAUGCAGCUGUUGCAGCCACUCAUGUCGCACACAAACUCAUCGAUAUGAGACAACACAAAGGUGAACAUCCCCGUAUGGGAGCACUUGAUGUAUGUCCAUUUGUGCCUAUUCGUAAUGCAACAAUGGAUGACUGUGUUGAAUGCUCCAAGAAAUUCGCUGAACGUGUAUCUAGUGAAUUAGCCAUCCCAAUCUAUCUCUACGAAUAUGCAUCAGAUCAAUCAAAACCAUAUCGCAAGCAACUCCGUCAAAUCAGAGAAGGUGAAUAUGAAGGUCUCUCUGAAAAGAUUGUAAAACCAGAAUGGAAGCCAGACUUUGGACCAGCCACAUUUGUCCCAACCUAUGGUGCCACCGUAACCGGUGCUAGAAAGUUUUUGAUUGCCUACAAUGUCAACAUUCUUGGUACCAAAGAACAAGCUCAUCGUAUUGCACUCAACGUUCGUGAAGCAGGUCGUAGCGAAAAAGAACCAGGAACUCUCCCAGCUGUCAAGGGAAUCGGUUGGUACGUCGAAGAAUUCAACAUGGCUCAAGUCUCUAUGAAUUUGGACGAUUACACAAUCACUGCCAUUCAUACUGCCUUUGAAGAGGUAAAAAAAGAGGCCAGUCUUCUUAACCUAGCUGUUGCAGGUUCAGAGAUUGUUGGAAUGCUCCCAUUGGAUGCUAUUCUCAAGGCUGCAGACUAUUACAUUGAAAAAGAGAACCUCUUUAUCAUUGAUGAACAACAAAAGGUACGUCUUGCCAUUGAGCGUCUCGGUUUGAGCUCUUGCAGUCGUUUCGAGCCAUCAAAGUACAUUAUCGACUAUAUGAUCAAGGAAGAUGCUUCUGUAGCUGCACCACUCGUCAACAUGACUGUAAAGGGCUUUACAGAACUCUUGGGAUCACGUACUGCCGCACCAGGUGGUGGUAGUGCAUCUGCUUUGAUUGCUGCAUUGGGUGCUGGUUUGGGUGCAAUGGUUGGUUGGAUGACCUAUGGCAAGAGAAAGUUUGAAUCUCUUGAUGGAAAGAUGCGUCAACUCAUCAAACCACUCGAUGAGAUUAUGCGUGAAUUAAUCCCACUCAUUGACGAAGAUACAAAGGCUUUCAAUGACUUUAUGGCUGCGCUUGGUGCCAAGGAAAACAAACAACAAAAAAUCGAACAAGCUACCAGACAAAUCAUGUUGGUACCACUUAAAACGAUGCAAGUCUCUAACAAAUGUUGGAUCCAUCUCAUUGAAAUGGCAAAGUAUGGAAACUUUGCUUCAAAGUCUGACCUCGAAGUAGGUGCCAAGGCUCUUGAAGCUGGUAUCUGGGGUGCUUCUCGUAACGUUUUCAUCAAUGCCAAAGAUUGCAAGGACAAAGCUUUUGUUGAUCCAAUCCUCAAACAAGCAAAUGAUAUUUUAAAGAAUAGUGAACAAUCUUUUAAACAAGUAUUGGAUGUUUUAGACUCAAGAAAUGAAUAA